AUGUUGUCAGACACCACCUCCCAGAACCCGCUCUACAACUCCACCUUCACCCUCUAUCGCGUUUCGCCCCUCUACACCGGCAAUGCCUCCCUCUUCGACGCCACAACACUAAGCACACAUGCCCAUCGCCUACGAGAGACCUUGCGGGGAGACGCGCUGCGCGGAAUAUACGAUGGAGAUUUGGGUGGAAGCGAGGCAAAAGAGGGGGAAUUACAGGAGUGUCGAUGGAGGCUCUUGGGGCGCGAGGGUACCGUGUUAGGGCAAGAGGUGCCACGCGAACCUGCCGGCCGAGAAGGCGAGCAUGAGCAGGAUGACGACGAGGGUGCUAGUGGAAGAGCAGGGACAACCAUUAGAGAGGCGAGGGGAAUACACAUCGAGCUCCGCUACCCGCGCGCUACACAUACCGGCAUAUUGCUCCGAUCCUCUGACGAAGGUAUCCCUACGCACGUGGAACAUCCCGGGUUCAUCUCUCUCCCGCUAUUACUCCUACGCCUUCCAGCCGCAGUACGAGACAAGAUGAUCGAAUAUCUCGAGACCUCAUUUGACUGCCGCAUAGCGCCGCUGCGGCUGCGGUCCGAUUUCCUAGCUUCGAGCCUCGAGGGCGUCCUCUCGCGGAAUGAGAGGACAGAUCCAUCAGACAGCGAGACGGCGGCACGAGAUGGAGAAAGCCGAGCUGUUGGAGACGUGCGGAUACAGCUGUGCUUCCCCUCCGCAACGCCCUCGCUUAAGAAUCUGGACGUCACAAUCGCUGCAGACGACGUGUCGGGCUUCUGCAAACAGGGCCGGGAAAUAUCGGCAGCAGAAAAGCAGACUCGGCAGACUAGCAGAACACUGAGCAUGCAACACAGUGGACGAGAGAAGGACGAGAGGAGCAAUCCAACGGGACCAUUCACCGCGGCCCUAAGUCUCUAUCUCAAGAAGCACCUAGCCCUAGACCUCUCACACCCAGGCGUCGUACUCAGCAAAGUCGCCUGCACGCCGUUUGCUCUAGACAGCCAGGGCAAAAUCAAGAUCUUCUCCCCAUCAUCCUCAACCACCACAUCCCCCAACCCAGCCAGCCAGUCAUGGAGGCUCAGGUUCCUGGACACCCUAGUCCAAGAAGCGAAGGGCAGGGGCUUGCUCUCUGUCAGCGAGAAGACUGGCGAGAAGAGGCCGCUGGAGGCGACCGCCCAAGCUGUGGCUGGUACGGAGAAACGAAGGAAGGUCGCACGGGGCGCCACGGAGGAGGUAGAGCUUGUGGAGAGGGCGGGCGUGCCGGAUGAGCCGCCGCCACCUUAUGAGGAGGUUGAUCCUGCAAGGGGAAGGUGA